AUGAGUCUUCAAUUUAUGUCUUCUAACAAUUUAACAAAGGAUCUUUAUAUUGAUAAUGAUGAAGAAUGCCCAAUAUGUAGGAAUAAUCGAUAUCUUACACCAAACAUGAAGUUACUUGUCAGUGAAUGUUAUCAUAAAAUGUGUGAAUCAUGCAUUGACAGAUUAUUUGCCAAUGGUGCAGGACCUUGCCCAAUUUGCAAACAAACUUUAAGAAAAAUUAAUUUUGUUGUUCCAACCUUUGAAGAUUUAAGAGUCGAAAAAGAAAUUAAAAUUAGAAAAAAACUUGCACAUCAAUUUAAUAAGAGACAAGAAGAUUUUGAUAGUUUAAAAGGAUACAAUGAUUAUUUGGAAAUGGUUGAAGAUAUAGCCCCAGCAUCUGAAACAAUAAAAACAUUGGCGUACAAAAAAUCUAUUGCUGUUUCUUCUUCAACAAGUAGUACUGGCAAAGAUUUCAUACCAGGGUUGUCGCAAACUUCUUUAGAAGAGUAUGAUAGUGGAAUUGCUAUUAAUGAUUAUAUUGAAACAACAACACGUUUACGUAGUGGUGGAUUUUCACAAAAAUACAUUUAUAAACGAUCUUUAGAAGCUGCUUUCUCUGGAUUAUUUUCAUCAAUAAAAUCUGAUGAUGAUUAUAAUAUGAUAAUUGAUCAAUAA